GGCCCUGCCCUCCCUACCCUGGCCCGCCAAUCCCGGCUCUCCCGACCUGCCCCUCGGCCUGGGCCCACCCCGCACUCCGGCGGCCCCACCCCGGCGGCGCCGCCCGCCCGCGCGUUCCUCCGUCCACCUGCAGCAGGCAGUCCCUCUGGCUGCCCGACCUAGAGGCGCCGGCCGAGCCCCAGGCCUGGGCUCUUGCUCCCCGGCGGAGGGAUCCGCGGCGGCUGAGGAGGCGGCGCUGAGCCUAAGAGGAAGGGGCAGCUACGGCGGCGGUGGCGGCGGUGGCGGUGGCGGCUCGGGCGGCACCGCAUAAAGGGGCCGCCGCCGGGUGAUGCGGUGACCGCUGCGGCAGGCUCAGGAGCCAAGUGGGCCCCGGCCCUCAGUCGGUCCCGCCGGAUCCGCUCUCCGAACUCUCCAUCUUCUCCGGCCGAUCCGCUAUCACCGAGGCGGCCUCGUGCCCCCUCGCCCCUUCCCCGUCCCUCCCCUGUCCCCGUCCCCGCCCCGGGGGCCGCCGCCACCCGUCUCCCACGAUGGCUCUGAAGAGAAUCCAUAAGGAAUUGAAUGAUCUGGCACGGGACCCCCCAGCACAGUGUUCAGCAGGUCCCGUUGGAGAUGAUAUGUUCCAUUGGCAAGCUACAAUAAUGGGGCCAAAUGACAGUCCCUAUCAGGGUGGAGUAUUUUUCUUGACAAUUCAUUUCCCAACAGAUUACCCCUUCAAACCACCUAAGGUUGCAUUUACAACAAGAAUUUAUCAUCCAAAUAUUAACAGUAAUGGCAGCAUUUGUCUUGAUAUUCUACGGUCACAGUGGUCUCCAGCACUAACUAUUUCAAAAGUACUCUUGUCCAUCUGUUCUCUGUUGUGUGAUCCCAAUCCAGAUGAUCCUUUAGUGCCUGAGAUUGCUCGGAUCUACAAAACAGAUAGAGAAAAGUACAACAGAAUAGCUCGGGAAUGGACUCAGAAGUAUGCGAUGUAAUUAAAGAAAUUAUUGGAUAACCUCUACAAAUAAAGAUAGGGGAACUCUGAAAGAGAAAGUCCUUUUGAUUUCCAUUUGACUGCUUUCUAUGAGCCCACGCCUCAUCUUCCCCCGUGCACAUGUUUACCUGAUACAGCAGUGCUGCGUGUUGUACAUACUUGGAACAACAAACUAGAAAUACUGUACUUCUGUACCAACAUUGCCUCCUAGCAGAGAAGUGUGUGUGUGACAAGCCAGUUCUCCAGGCAUAACCUAGGUGUGAGAUUUAAAGCUUUCCGUAUUGACUUAAAUUUGGAUAACGGCAAGGUGAGGGGUGGUGGGUAUGGUGUGUGCUUGAAAGGGGAAGAAAAGCUCCACUGACCUGUAGGAGAUUGUUUUUUAAGUGGAAUCCUAUUAAACUCAAAACAGUUAUGAAAAGCAAGGCGAAGAACAUGAAGCUGUUUCUGUAUUCAUUUUAUUCCGAAGGACCUGCGUCUUAGGUGAAAGUUAUGACCAACCAGAUUAAACUCUACCCACAUCCUGUAUUUUAAGGUCUAAGUUUAACUGGUCAACAUUUAAAUGGAUUGGAGCUAUUAGUAUGUGAAGUGUGAUGGGCUUUGUUCCCAACUCUUUUACAUCUCCCCACCCUUCAUCCUUCAGCCCCUCUUUCUCUCUUCCAUAUUCUUUGGUUUGUAUGUGGUUUCUCAGUUAAUACAUAGCUAAUAGCUCUUAUUUUUCUUAUGUUUUUAACUGCUUAGGUCUAUCUGGAUGUAAGGGUGAAAAUUCAUUUGAUGGAAAUACUUGUGUAUAUUUAAAGACCCAAUUGCUCCUCUGGAGCUUGUACGUUCAAGAAUGAUUAAUCUGUGUAAUAAACUGAUUACUACAGUCAUUACAUAUAA